AUGCGAUUGCCUUGGAGUCGCAAGGAGGUCGAUCUCGAGCCCACCACUGGUGACAAUGCUGCUCAGGAAGUCACCGUUGUCGAGCGAAAGCUCGGCCUGGGCAAAGUCGGAACUAUCUUCGCAUCGGGCGCCUCCUUGUUUUCUGAUGGAUACGCCAACUCUGCCAUCGGUCCGGCCAAGCUGAUCCUGAAGACUUACCUGUACCCCGAGGCAUUCAAGGGCAACAACAAGUCUCAGUUGCUUAGUUCCAUGGCAUUCGCUGGCAUUAUCUUUGGGCAGCUCACUUUCGGCUACAUCAGUGACAAGAUCGGACGCAAGUUCGGAAUGCUGGCAUGCACCAUGAUCGUCUUUGUUUUCUCUGCUCUUCAAGCUGGUGCAAAGGGAGCUGGCGGUACUCCCGAAGCUCUCAUUGACGCACUUAUCGCAUACCGAUUCCUUGUCGGUGUCGGCAUCGGUGGAGAGUACCCAACUGGAUCUGUCGCUGCUGCAGAGGGAACCGAAGACCCCCAAAUCAGCAAAAAGUCGCAACAGAAGUUGUUUGUCUUGGCCACCAACACCAUGCUCGAUUUCGCUUUCACCAUCUCUUAUUUCGUCUGUCUGGUCUGCAUAUGGAUUUUUGGUGAAGAUCACUUGCGAGCUGUAUGGCGAAUCACACUUGGUGUCGGUAUCGUCCCCCCUCUCUUCUUGCUUUGGUUCCGACUCCGAAUGAAAGAGCCAGAGGCGUACGCUAGGAACAGCAUGCAACACACCCGGAUCCCAUACUGGCUCAUCAUCAAGAGAUAUUGGGUCAAAUUGCUUGCCGUCUCGAUCACUUGGUUCAUUUAUGACUGGAUCACUUAUCCCUUUGGAAUCUAUGCCUCAACUAUCACCAAUGAAGUCAUUCCCAAUGCCACACUUAAGCAGAACGUCGGAUGGGGAUGCCUCAUCAACUUUUUCUACGUUCCCGGUACCUUGUUUGGGGCACUGAUCGUCGACUACCUCGGGCCCAAAUACUGCAUGAUCUUCGGAUUGGUCAUGCAAGCCAUUUUCGGCUUCAUACUUUCCGGAACUUUCACGAAACUUGUCCCCAAUCACAUUGCUGGUUUCGCCAUUCUCUACGGACUCUUCCUCAGUUGGGGAGAGGUCGGACCUGGAAACAACCUUGGUCUACUCGCCAGUAAGGCAAUCGGACCCACUGCUGCUCGAGGUCAACUCUACGGAAUCGCCGCUGCGAUCGGCAAAGUUGGAGGUUUCAUCGGCACUUACACCUUCCAAAACAUCAUUAACGACUUUGCUGAGAAGAAGGGCACCAUUUCCGUGACUGGUCCCUUCUGGAUCGGAUCCGGACUCGCUAUCGUCUCUGCCUUGAUUACCUUCUUCUUCAUCCCGAAUAUUAGAGUGGACGCAAUGAAGGAUGAGGACGUUGAGUUCCGAGAGUAUCUAGAGAGGAAUGGCUUCGACACCUCUAAGUAA